GUGGAUCACGUGUGUCAAAGUUAGCUCAAAAAUGGCGCUUUGUUGAGGUCGGAUCCUGUGGAGUUUUCCACCCAACAGAGCCAUCGAGAUUGUUCCCGGAGAGGAGUAAAGUUGGAGAGAGUGCCAACCAUGAACCGCUUGGUGGACCGGAUGACCAACAUGGUCAUGAACUACUCUGAUGUUGAAUCGAAAGUGCGCGAGGCCACUAACGACGAGACGUGGGGUCCGCACGGUACGCUCAUGGCCGAUAUCGCCAAAUACACGUUCACCUACGAGCACUACCCCGAGGUGAUGACCAUGCUGUGGAAGCGGAUGUUUGAGGCUCGCAGGAACUGGAGGAGGACUUACAAGGCCCUUCUUCUCCUUCACUACCUAGUGAGGAACGGUUCGGAGCGAGUGGUGGCCAGUGCAAGAGAACACAUCUACGACAUGAAACCUCUGGAGGAGUACGUAUUCCGAGAUGAGCAGGGUAAAGACCAGGGUGUCAAUGUUCGCCAGAAAGCCAAGGAGAUCAUCUCUUUCAUUCAAGACGACGAGAGACUGAAGGACGCUAGAAAGCAGGCAAAACAGUCGCGGGACAAGUUCGUCGGAUACUCUUCGGAAGAAACUCAAUACAAAUACAGUGAUAGGUAUGCUCCGGAGCCACGUUCACGGUCUUCAGUGAAUUCUUCUGGUGGAUCAAAGUACGACCCAGACCCUCACGGACCUCUGGAUGACAACCAUCAGGAGGUGGUGGGUCCUGAGACUGAAGACCUGACCGCCACGUCCACAGAGGGUGGGAGACAUCAAAACUCAUCCAUCACAUCCUCCAAGACCGACACCGCUCCUCAGCCUGCUCCUCUCAAAAAGUCGUCUCAACCGACAAAACUGGUUGACCUCGGAGCAGCUGCUGCCUUUGCCAGUCAGGCGGCGGCCGAGAACCAGAGGAGAGAGACGGCCAAUAGUACCAUAGACAGUGUGUUUGGCGACUUCUCCAGCCAACCUCCAGCUCUUCAGUCCCAGCCUCCUGGACCAGGGAGCGGUGGCUCUGGGUUUGCUGACUUUGAAGGUGCGUUUGGCAGCGGGAAAUCUUCUGAACCUGCAACAGUUGGAGGAGGUGGUGAUUUUGGUGGUUUCUCAGCCUUCCAGAAUGCACCCCAGCCACCACCGCAGGCAGUGCCACCGACUGCCUCUGCAGCACAAACUCUGGACUUUGGGGAUUUCCAGGGCAUCCCUCCUCCUCAACCCAUGUUCUUGAUGGGAGGAAGUGGUGGAAUACUGCAGCCAAUGGGGACUGCCCCUCCAAUGAACCCACAAUCAAACAGCGAGGAGAUGCCAGACCUGAUGCCUACCGAGGAGCUUCCAGACAGGGCCACAAUGUGGAGCACAGCAGGCAUCAGCAUUGACCUAGACAACCUACUGUCGAGUCCCUGCAAGACCUCUCAACCUACCACCGCUCCCUCCAUGAAUCAGCUGGCCAAGGGCCCCACACCCUCUCCCUCCCACCCUCCCCCCUCCUCCUCCUCCUUCUCUUCUGCGGCUCCUGCCGGACCUAACUACAAUGUCAAUACCUCUUCACUUAUUGGGUCUGGGUUACCUCCGCACUCUCAGCAUGGUAUGGGAAUGGGUGGUGGUAUGAGAAUGGGCAGUGGUGGAAUGGGAAUGGGAACUGGGGGAAUGGCAGUAGGAGGUGGUGGUGGUAUGGGAAUGGGUUAUGCUCCUAGACCAGGAAUGAUGCCAAUAUAUGGAGGUGGAUAUGGAAUGGGGCCACAGCCGGGUAUGGGAAUGGGACCAAUGGGCUACGGUGGAAUGCCGCCGACAAUGGGAGGAAACCGACCAAUGGGAUCACAGCAAAGGCUCAUGUGACCCAAUUUUUCAUACACACAACCAUGAAGAUUGUGUCAAGAUUACGUAUUUAUGAUGUUUCCACUUUUUUGGUUCACUCUCACUGUAUAGCAACGUUGUGACACUAUUAGAGCCCUGUGGUUUAUGAAAAUAUUGUUUUUAUGACGUCAUUGGAAAUGUGGGCGCUUUUUGGUUUCGUUUUGCUGGCAGUGGCUGUGUACGUGUUGGUAGUGACAGCCUGGCUCUUUGCUCGCUGUAGGGGCCGUGGCAUGGCUGGAAAGCCUGAAGGAGACGAGCACAGCGAAGCUCCUGAGCCGCCCCGCGGUAGAACGGACGCCAGCGGACUGUGGGUCACGGAGGACGUCAGGGAAGCUGACCCAGGUGGGAGGACCCACCCUAUCUACAAGAAGCUGGCCAGCCUGAGCAGCGAGGUUAACUCCAUGAGCAGAGGUCAACUGAAGCAACGGCUGAGAGAUCUGGGCCUUGAGCCGCGGGGGACAGACACAAUCAUCAGCAAACGCCUCACAACCUACCUUCGAAGACAGGCCAUCUUGCAAGAGCCUGACCCUCCGUGGGAGCUGCAGAACUCAGUGCAGACCAACCCCUACGGUCUCCAGUACCUCCUGGUGCUGGACUUCGAGGCCACUUGUGAACCUGUCAACCCUGUGGACUAUGUUCAUGAGAUCAUAGAGUUCCCAGUUCUCCUCUUCAAUCUCAAGACACUCACCGUAGUAAGUCUUUUGUUCUCCGUGUCUCUGAGACUAUCAUGCUGCCUGCAGGAGGACAGGUUUCAUUCUUACUGCAGACCGUUUCUCAAUCCCAACUUGACUGACUUUUGCAAGAAUCUGACUGGCAUAAGACAGGACCAAGUCGAUAGUGCUCCGUAUUUCACCGAGGUCUUCAGAAAUUUCACCAAGUGGCUAGACGCCAGAGACCUUGGCAAUAAACUAAGGUUUUCACUUGUGACUGACUGUCCGUGGGAUAUCAAGGAGUGCCUGUUCCCACAGUGUGUCUUGUCACAAGUCGAGUUUCCACAAUAUGCCACCAAAUGGAUUGAUGCCAGAAAGCUGUUUGGCAGCUUCUACCGCACCAAGAGCGGGAACCUGUCCUCCAUGCUGGAGAAGAUAGGCCUCAAGUUCGAGGGUCGAGAGCACUGUGGACUUCAUGACUCUUUGAACAUAGCACGAGUGACUGAGAGACUCAUAAGAGACGGAUGUCUGCUCAAGUAUAAUAGGUUCAUGCCUCAGGACCUACUGGCCUCCUUUGACAAGAGCUAAUAUCAUCACCAUGCGUUAUGAUGUCAUGUACAUGAUCACUGGUGUUUGGGUUUAUGUCAGUUGAGGAGGUGGUUCAACUGGCAG